GAUAUUUGAUAUCAGUUCACAUUUGAAUUUUAAUCAAUAAACAUCAUUUUUCAAAAAUGAUUAGCAAAAUUUUGAUUAUUGCCGUGUUGUGUGUGAGUUACACUUUGGCUGAAGCACCAGUUAAUCGGUAUCGUUCCCAACGAUUCCGCCAAGCACCACCGAGACAAUACUCGCGACAAUUUUCGCAACGUCAAGAAUCACCAUAUCCACAAUCACAAGGCAACGAACCGGCUGCUGAAUAUGGAGCACCAAAACCAACAUAUGGCCCACCCUCAACCAAUCCACCACCGGUUUAUGGAGCACCUGCCGCAGGCGAUGUCGAACCAGUUGAAAAUUCGGACUCAGAAGUUGUUGGACAACCUUCACGACUAACUCAGUUUAAUGAAAAACUAUCGUUACCAUCGAAUAGAGACCCUCAAAAAUUCUCCCAAAAAUUGGAACUCCAACAGCAAGUACAACAAUUUCCAAGUCAACAAAUUGUUACACCAUUCGUUGCUGCUGCGCCCAUUCAACCAGUCGUCGGUGCCCCAGUUCAAUUCGCUCAAGCAAUCCAACCAGAAGGAUCAUACUACAUUCAAUUGCCAAGCGGAUCUAUUCAACGUGUAAAUUAUUUGACUCAACCAAGUGUAGUGGAUAAUUCAGUGCUUGCAAAACUUCAAUUCCGUCCAGUUGGUGGAUUGCAAACAACUGUUGUUGAACCACAGCAACUAUACGUGAACACCGUAGUACAAUCACAUGUCAGUUCAGAUGAAUAGAAAUAUGAAGCUAUAUAGCCAUUAUAAUUGUUCAGUAUUUCGAAUCAUAUUGUGAGCGCAUUUCAAUUACUUAUAAAUUUUUAUUUCAUAGGUAAUUUGAAAUGUAUGACCAAACCUAUUAAAUAAACCGGUAUUUUUUUUAAAAUAAAGUUCAUACUUUGACAAAUAAAA